AAAGGCGUUACUAAGCAAUAGUUUCCCAUAGCAACUGAAGAGACAACAGUCGGCAAAUCCCUAGAAGCAGCAGCAGCAUCUUCUCUGAGCCGAAACCAAGCGGAGCAGGGUCAAGGAUGACAGCGCUGUGUGCCCAAGAGAGCAUAUAUAAUCUCCUACCCCGGGUGGAGGAGAAGCCUAUCAAACUACCAAGAUAUAUAUCGACAUUUAGAGCAUCUGUGAAACAUGAAAUAGAAGAAAAUAGAGCUCCAUGGAAAACUAUGGGACCACCAAAAAUUGAAGUACCAUCUCCAAAAAACUUUCUUCAGAAACAUUCAAAGGAACCGAAGCUCCCACACAGAAAAAGAGAUGAAGGAAGAAAGAGGUUACUAACAAUACCAUCAGUGCCACAUGUGACAGAUCACCCACUUAUGGGAAUUCAAAGUAAAAAGAAUUUCAUAAAUACAAAUGCAGCAGAUGUUAUCAUGGGAGUGGCUAAGAAGCCUCAACCUAUUUGUGUUGACACGAGACAAGGACACAAAUAUCUCCUUGAAACUUCAGGACUUGUCCCAAAAUACAUUAAUAAAAAGGAUUAUGGUCUUACUCCCAAAUAUGUAAUUAAGCGAAGCGAGGAAGUAAAGAGAGCCCAAGAAGAGUAUGAUGCGUAUGUCAAGGAGACUCUGAGGCAAAAAGCCAUGAAACGGCUUUCUGAUGAAGAAAGGGAAAGUCUCCUACAGGGUCUGAAAAAGAAUUGGGAAGAGGUACAUCAUGAGUUCCAGGGCCUUUCGGUAGACAUAGACACCUUACCAAAGAAGAUUCGUAAACAAAGGCUGGAAGCACAGAUGAAACAACUGGAGCAUGACAUUAGUAUAAUUGAGAAGCACAAAAUUAUCUAUAUUGCAAAUAAGUAAGAACUGCCUUGCAAAGAAUUUUUUUUACCCUGAGAAGAAAAUGUAGAUGCCUAGAAGAAGGAAGUGAAACAAGUCCACCUUAUUCAGAGAAAGAGAAAUAGCUAAUUAUACAAAUAUAAUAGAAUUUUAGCAAGUUCUUACAUUUAAGGAAUUUUUCAUCUAUAUAAUUCACAUAUUUUUUCAAAUAAAAUUUUAUAUUAGUUUAA